AUGGAUGAAAAACCGCAGCAGCUAACACUUCCUGAUGCCGUGAAGAUCAUGCGGCAAUGUGAUCGCUUUUUUCAUGGGCUCGGCGUUACGACGAAGGAGUGCUUGAACGUUUUGCUGUAUAACUAUAAUAACGAAAGUACACCCACUCGUGAUAUUUGCCCGGUCGAUCAACCAGUACCCCGAAUUGACCACAACCCGCAAAUCUUCUAUUCCGACUGCGGGGCCUUUGAGAUCGGUAUACUGAAGUAUGCGGUACCUCCGCUGAUGAUCUUGUGCCUGAUCGGCAACUUCUUAAACCUGAUGAUCUACAAGUUGUCCUACUUUGAUGGGAGCAGCUCGGUGCAUUUCUUGAGGGCAAAAGCGCUGGCGAAUACGAUAUUUGUGCUCUCACGGUUAUUUGAGGUCAUUCAUGCUUGGACUCCGGUCGCCGAUCCAUUCUGGGAACCAAUCUUCUGGCACACGAGAGCGUAUAUUAUUACUAUCUCAAACAUCAGUGGAACGAUAGCAACAUGGUUGACCCUGAUGGUGACGUUUGAGACUGUACUCUGUGUGAUGGUACCAUUUGUGUUCCGGCAGUACUGUACAAAGAAAAUGACGUAUACGGUGUUGGUGAUAGCCACACUUGCAGCCACCGCGCUUCAGAUGGUGUUUUUGGUUGUUAGAAGUACUCAACACUUUGCACAAAUCAGCUAUGACGAGACCGGUAACUGCUUCUAUGGCAAGAUCUACUACUCGCUAGAGCUGCGUAGCGCAGCACAUCUUUUACUCCAGAAAACCUAUGUCAUUGCACAAAUUGCCCUUGUCAUCGUUAUCCCAACAAUUGCGAUGCUUGUCUGCACAAUGAUCAUUGUCAAACAAUUUUCCCUAAAGGAUCUUGGCGAAGCCUUCUCUCAACGCAGAAAAUGCGUUAUCCGGCUUACUGUAACGACAACGAUGUCGCAUCUUCUUCUCGAAGGACCCGCCACGCUUACACACGCUGCGGUGGCUAUUGAUGGAAGCGAACACCCGUAUCUGUGGUGUUUAUUCAUCCACAGCAACAAUUUGCUAUCACUCAUCAACGCAACAAUCCCGUUCUUCGUUUUCUACGUCUGCUCAGAGCAGUUCAGGCAUAUGACACGAAUGUACGUCAUGGCACUCUUCCAUUGGAAAGAUAAGAGCCGAAAACAUGCAUAUCUCCUACAGGCUGGUAUGCGACCCCGUAAUACACGAUCAAACGGCACCGAAAUUACCGUAGCCGAAGUCCAAACUCAUCUCUUCUCGAAAGUCUCCCAUGUUAACAGCAUUAAUAGUGUC